CUUGGGUUGAAAGUCGCUCGGAGCAAAAAUGUUUCCCAGGGUCUGCCUUCGCGUACUCAGGCGCUGAUAGCUCCACCAGUAACGAUUUCGUAAGGAUCUCAUGCUCAAAGCCAUGCUGAAUCCAAGAGGCUGACGACAACGACACAUCUGAAAUAAUCGCCUUUUUUCCCCCAGCGCCGAAGUACUUUUUUGAACGAAGAGAAAUCAGGAUGCCCGUGAAAGGUGGAGGAAGAGUUGCUUUUCCGAAUAAAAGCGAGAAUGUUAGCUCAGGAAUGGAGGAGACGGUUUGGGAGCAGUACACUGUGACUCUACAGCGGGACUCUAAAAUGGGCUUUGGAAUUGCUGUGUCCGGCGGCCGGGACAAUCCAAACGUGGAGAGCGGAGAGACGUCCAUCAUCGUGUCGGACGUGCUGCCAGGAGGACCAGCCGAUGGACUGCUCUUUGAGAACGACCGUGUGAUACAGGUCAACACCAUCACCAUGGAUAAUGUGCCUCAUUCUUUUGCUGUGCAGUCACUUCGGAAAUGUGGGAAAGUGGCCAAAAUAACUGUAAAGAGGCCUCGCAAGGUGUCUGUCCUCAAGCGGCCCCCGUCCCCGAGUGUAGAUAGCCGUGAUUACAACAUAUCCAGCUAUUAUCCCGAGGACAACCGCAGUGUUCACAGUGACCCAGACUCUGAUUACCCUCGGGGAAAUGGCGGCUUGGGCUACCCCCGCGACAGAGAGCAUGACCGCAGCCUCGACAAGAGCCGGAUAGACUACCUGGAUCCGGAUUACCGCAGCCAGGACUACGACUCUCGGCGGGAACGAAGUAGAGGCAGGAGCACAGAGAGAUCGCCCAGCUCUGACAGCGGCUACCGCAGGGACGGCAGUCGGGGCCGGACACUGGAGCGUGGAUCCAGCCCGGAGCCUCGCUAUCAUAAGCAGCAAAGUAGAGGCCGCGGUGGAGGAGGAAGCCCUGCCGGAAGCUACGGGAGGGACCAGGGCUAUGACACGCGGAGGUAUGACACCCGUUCGGAUGACAAGAUGAUUAGGAGUCACAGCAGGGACCGGCUGCAGGAUCACUCACCUUCACCCAGCAAAGAGCGGGACAGAGGAAGAGACCUUCAAAACUAUGAGCCCCUGGAGCCGCCCAUCAAUGUGAUGCUGGUGAAAAACAGGCCCAAUGAAGAGUACGGCCUCCGGCUGGGCAGCCAGAUCUUCAUCAAAGAGAUGACCGGCACUGGAUUGGCUGCCAGAGAUGGAAAUCUCCAGGAGGGCGACAUCAUUCUCAAGAUCAACGGAACGGUGACCGAGAACCUCUCGCUGAGUGACGCCGGCAAGCUGAUUGAGAAAUCACGGGGCAAGCUGCAACUGGUGGUGCAAAGAGACCAGCGGCAGGUCCUGGUGCGCAUCCCUGCCCUGGCAGACAGCGACUCGGAGCCUGACGAUAUUUCUGAGAUGGAGUCUUACCAUUCCUACUCACCUCAAGAUGACCAAAGGUCACGUCAAUCUGACCUUUCCUCACACUCUUCUAAUGACGCAGCGCGAGAGAAUGCCAGGGAGGACCCUCAGAGCAGACUUCCAAAGCCCGUUGUAACAUCCUCUCCUUACAAAACUCCAGAGGAGCCGCUUCCAGUCCAGGAGGAGAGAGCAGAACCUCAGGAAGAAGAGCCGCCACCACCACCAGUAUUAAAGACAACACCCAAGAUCCUGCUGAGACCGAGCCCAGAGGACGAGGCCAUUUAUGGGCCCAACACAGUGAUGGUGAGCUUUCAGAAAGGAGAGAGUGUUGGACUGAGGUUGGCUGGAGGAAAUGAUGUGGGAAUAUUCAUAGCAGGAGUGCAGGAGGGCAGUCCGGCUGAAGAGGAAGGUCUCCGCGUAGGGGAUCAGAUCAUGAAGGUGAAUAACGUUGACUUUCGGGGCAUUGUGCGAGAGGAGGCCGUGCUGUUCCUGCUGGAGAUCCCGCGGGGUGAGGUCGUGACCAUUUUGGCACAGAAUAAAACUGAGGUUUAUGAAGACAUCUUGGUAUCCGGUCGAGGGGACUCGUUUUUCAUCCGGACCCAUUUUGAGUAUGAGAAGGAGCUGCCUCAGUGUCUCGCCUUCUCCCGGGGGGAGAUCCUCAAGGUGGUGGACACCUUGUACGACGGCAAACUGGGAAACUGGCUGGCCAUCCGCUUGGGCAAAUUCAACCAGCUGCUGGAGAAGGGCAUCAUUCCCAACAAGAGCAGAGCGGAGCAGAUGGCAAAUGUCCAGAACACACAUAAGGGCUCAGGAAGUGACAGAGCCGACUUCUGGAGACUACGUGGUCAGAGGGCGGCCAAGAAGAAAGACCUGCGGAAGAGCCGAGAGGAAAAUUCUGCUGCUGUCGCCACACGAUUCCCUGCCUAUGAGAGGGUGGUGCUGAGAGAAGCGGGAUUCCGAAGGCCGGUUGUGCUGUUUGGACCAAUCGCUGAUGCUGCCAGUGAAAAACUGGCCUCUGAGCUUCCAGACCAGUUUGUAGUUGCCAAAACAGAACCCAAAGAUGCGGGGUCGGAAAAAUCCUCUGGGGUGGUUCGUCUCAACACUAUUCGACAGAUCAUCGAACAGGACAAGCACGCUCUCCUGGACGUCACUCCUAAAGCUGUGGACACCCUGAACUACACGCAGUGGUACCCCAUAGUCAUCCUCUUCAGCCCGGACAGCAAACCUGGGGUGAAGGCGAUGAGACAGAGAGUCAUCCCCAGCUCUAACCGCAGUGCCCGCAAACUCUACGAUCAGGCUCUGAAGCUCAGGAAAACCUGCUCACACCUGUUUACCGCUGUUAUCGAUCUGAACUCGGCUAAUGAUGCCUGGUACGGCAGUUUGAAGGAGACCAUACGAGACCAGCAGACCCACGCUGUGUGGGUCUCGGAGGGGAAGCUGGACGGGACGGAGGGGGACCUUGACGUUCACGACGACCGCAUGUCGUAUCUCUCGGCGAUGAGCGCUGACUAUCUCAGCAUGGACAGCCGGCUGGCCAGCGACUAUGAAGACACGGCGGAUGAGGGCGGGACUUACACAGAUAACGAAGCGGACGAACCACUCGACCGCCAGCGGGUGUCGGCCAUUAGCCGUUCCUCUGAGCCAGUCAUGCCAAUGGAGAUCCUCAGGAAGUCCAGCCCAGAGAUUCGAGGUCGUGUCCGCAGGGUGGGCAGCAGAGAGAUGCUGACCGAGGCUAGUCCCCCCUUCAUGUCCACCUUCCUGCCUGACCCCGCGAAGGUAAAAGUGCUGUCACAAGUGGAGGUGUCACGGGGGCACUACGACCCCUCUCGAAACUACGACUCUCGUUCAAGCAGUCCCGCAAGCAGCGAGCACCCGCGCAGCCAGGACUCUCCGGCAAAAAACAAGCCCCCUCCUCCCCCGCAAGCACUCAAACCUACCUUCGCGUCCCGCAGCUCCAGAGGCCUCGUAAACAGCCCCCCGGUACGGGACAAUGAACCCCUGGGGGACAGUCCCGACGAUCCUUCUCAGAGGUCUUUCCGGGGCAAAGUGAAGGCCUUCGAGCAGAUGGAUCACUUCGCCCGGAACCAGAGAGUUCUGGAGAUCCAAGAGGCCCAGAACGCCAGGGUGGAGAUUGCUCAGAAACAUCCAGACAUCUAUGCCGUCCCCAAGAAGUCUCAGAAACUGGACCACAGCAGGCCACAACCUAUCGGCUCCAGUGCGCGACCAGAGCCCCAGACGCCUCCUUCCAAGCUGCCAUACAUGGAGAGCCGCCCGCCCGGCCUUGGAGAGGAGCCCGGGGAGGAGAUUCGACAGCAGCUGGCGGAGCAGACCAAGCGUGGCUAUUACACCACAGCACAAAAGUAUCAGGACACUGAGCUGUAGAGUUCCUCUGCUUCGGCUCACUGCACAGCUUCACCAUUCCACCGGGGCGCCGCCCUGCACCAAAACUGCUGCUGCUGCUGACUUGGAAGUCCCGUUUGCUUUUAAGUUUCCCAUGCAUAUAUUUGUCUUUUUCACUUCAAAGAAGUUCAACUUUCUGUCCGUGUGGAUAGAAUCUUAUAUUUGCAUUCGUUUUGUUUCCUUCUGUGUGAUUCCAGAACCAUGUUUUUUCUUGCCUAUGCAAUUUUUUCAGUUUCUGCAACGCUACAGAAACGUCUUGCCA